AUCAGUUGAAUUCAAAUCUAUCUUCCAGAUCAGUCGCCGACAUUACAGCAAUCAUCUUAAUUGACCUUAGUCAGUCCUGGAUAGUUCGAUACGUGUCUUCGGUCCUGCCAUUCGAGAACAGUUUCGCUAUAAAAAAAACUGACGUUAAAAAUGAGCGAACCAAUAAAUGUGGUGGUUACGGGAGCAGCCGGGCAAAUUGCCUAUUCUUUAUUGUACCAACUAGCUGCUGGAUCAGUUUUUGGUCCAAAUCAACCAAUUAAUCUUCGUUUGUUAGAUAUUCCUGUUAUGAUGACAGUACUAGAUGGAGUAAUUAUGGAAUUGGAAGACUUAGCUCUUCCACUUUUGAGAGAAAUUACUCCUACAGCUGAUCCAAAUGUAGCUUUCAAAGAUGUAGCUGCAGCCUUCCUUGUGGGAUCAAUGCCUCGAAAGGAAGGAAUGGAAAGAAAAGAUCUUCUGGCAGCUAAUGCAGAGAUUUUUAAAGUUCAAGGAAAAGCUCUAGAUCAACAUGCUCAAAAAGAUGUUAAAGUCUUAGUUGUUGGUAAUCCUGCUAAUACAAAUGCAUGGAUUUGUUCUCAUCAUGCACCUUCUAUACCAAAAGAAAAUUUUACUGCUAUGACUAGAUUGGAUCAAAAUCGUGCUCAAGCAGCUUUAGCAGCACGAUUGAAUGUAUCGGUUGAUAAAGUAAAAAAUGUUAUUAUCUGGGGUAAUCACAGUUCAACUCAAUAUCCUGAUGCUGCUCAUGCUACUGUAAAUCUUCAAGGUUCCACUAAGCCAGUGCCUUCAGUCGUAAAUGAUGAUAACUGGUUAAAUACUACUUUUGUGGAGAAAAUUCAGAAACGUGGUGCAGCUGUGAUUUCCGCCAGAAAGAUGUCAUCUGCAAUGUCGGCUGCUAAAGCAGCUGGAGAUCACAUGAGGGAUUGGUGGAUAGGUACCAAACCAGGCGAAUGGGUUAGCAUGGGUGUGUUGUCUGAUGGCAGUUAUGGAAUUCCAAGAGAUAUCGUUUUUUCUUUCCCAGUUGCUAUAGAAAAUGGACAAUACAAAAUUGUUCAAGGACUUGCAAUCAAUGACUUUGCUAGAUCGAAGUUAAAUAUUACUUCCAAAGAAUUAGAGGAAGAACGUACAGAAGCAAAUAAUGUGCUACAAAACAAGUGACUAGAAUCAGUAAAUCAUGAUGUUGAAAAUGGCUUGUCUGUUUCAGCAAAAUUGUAAAAAACAAAAUAAAAAUUUUGAUGGUAAAUUGUGAUAUGUAACAUACUAUGAUUACGGUCGUAUGGAAUUCAUAAUUUUAAGAUAAUAACAAUAUGUUAGUAUAUAUUAAUGAUACACGAUGUAGGAUCCGAAAUGUCUAUAUAUCUUUUCUAACUAGUACAGGAAUUGUUAAAUAUAUAUGUUUAUAUUCAUAAACUGUAUAAAACAUGUAACAAAUUAUGUUGAAAAACAUAUUAUACUUUAUAACGUU